AUGGUUGGAGUGGUGAUAUCGAUGGAAGAGGAAGAGGAAGUUCUGGUUGCUCCAAACAACUUUUCAAUGGUUGAUGAGGGCAUUUAUCGCUCAAGCUUGCCACAACCUUCCAAUUUCGCUUUCCUCAAAACUCUCAAUCUUCGAUCGAUCAUAUACUUGUGCCCCGAACCCUAUUCACCACAAAAUUUAGAGUUCCUUCGAUCACACAAUAUUCAGCUCUUUCACUUUGGUAUUGAAGGCAAGACGGAUCUUUCUGUCUCAGCCGUCAAGGAUACUAUCUUGGAGGCUCUCAAAGUUUUAAUUGAUGUGAGAAAUCACCCAGUUUUGAUCCACUGCAAUCGGGGAAAGCAUCGAACUGGUUGCGUUGUUGGUUGCUUGAGAAAAUUGCAGAAUUGGUGUUUAUCUUCUGUGUUCGAGGAGUAUGAGCGAUUUGCUGGUGCUAAAUCAAGGGUCACAGAUUUAAGGUUCAUAGAAACGUUUAACAUCUUAAGCCUAAGGCAGUGUCUUAACAGCAUCAUAUACCGGUACCUAGGUCGUGCUUCAAAGAAGCCGCGGUUGCUUUAUAAAGAUGAGAAUUUACGCAAACCCCAAUUGACAUUAGUUUAG